AACGCGCACCAAUGGGACAACAACGCGCUUGGCAGGCGACCGGGAAGGGGGGGCGAGGUUUCGGGCACGUGUUUUUCGCGGAGUUUUCUCACUCAGACGACGACGAGCUCCGCGUCAUUACCGGAGGGGUCGGUCACGUCAAAUUCUGGGCUCUUAACGGAAGGUUGUUCAACGCCAGAAUGGGCCUCUUUGGGAAGGUGGGCAAGCGGCAGACGAUGCUGUGCGGGACGGCCAUCGCGGCGGCCCGGUUCGUCAGCGGCGGAGUAAGCGGCCACCUGUACGUGUGGAAGGGGAGGUGGCUCGAGAAGACCCUGCGCGCCCACCAACGGUGCGUCAACUCCGUCCAUCACACCGCAGGGGGCUUAGUCACGGGUGGGAAGGACGGCUUUGUCAAGCUCUGGAGCACGCAACUGGCGCACCUCAAGACUUUUGACUUGAGCGAGGCUACAGUCCCGCCCCUUCUUCGUGGUGUGCGAUCGGUCUGCGCGUCUCUCGACGUUACCGGGUCGGAGGUGAUCAAGAUCGCGGCGGUGACGGCUGGCUCUGAGGUUUACGAGAUAAGCAGGGAGAGCGGCUCCAUGAUGUUGCUGCAGGAGGGCCACUUUAGCGGGCAGCUCUGGGGGCUGGCGGCACACCCUACGGAUGGAGACAUCUUCGCAACGGCUGGGGACGACCACAGCAUUCGAGUGUGGAGCGUGUCACUUGGAGUCAUGCUGCGGAAGGCGUACGUGGAUGGCACGUGUCGAGCGCUGGGAUGGUCACCCGACGGCCGGCUCCUCCUCAUUGGGAUGGGCGGCAGCAUCGGUUGCGAGCGCACGAGGAAGGAUGGGACGUUCUUGAUUUUCGACGUGUACAACAUGGAGAUCCUGUACGAGGGGAGGGACUCCCGCUCUUGGAUCCGGGCGUGCUGCUUCAGUCCCGACGGCAAGACCUUCGCGGUGGCGUCGACGGACAACAAGAUCUACAUCUACGACUCUAAGUCCUAUGGGCUCAAGGCUAAGGCCCAGAAACACAACAGCCCCCUCGUGGCCCUGGACUUCAGCGAGGACUCUAACUACGUGCAGUCCGCCUCCGAGGACAACGAACUCCUCUACCAUAGCGUUGGCGACGGCCUGCCGUUCACAGUGCAAGCCCAGCUGAAGCACAUCAAGUGGUCACAGUACACGUGUCCGUUCGGCUGGCCUGUUCAGGGGGCCUGGCCUCCCGUAGCCGAGGAAAACGCCGCGACGUUAACCUCGCUCCACCGAUCGCACGACAGAACCCUUCUGGUGACCGCGGACGAUGCUGGCAAUGUCAAGCUGUUCAGAUACCCCACACUAUCGAAGCAGGCGGGUUACAAGCUCGUCUCCGGCCACGUCGGGGGCAUUUCGUGUGUCAGGUUUACGGCUGACGACGCGCACAUCGUGUCCAUCGGCAAGGGUGAUCGAGCGAUCUUCGUCUGGAAGGUCGAUGAGGCAGCGGACGGGCUCCCCCCGUAGGGAGGGGUCGGGAAAAAGGGCGAAAGAGCGCCCGCAGCCAAAGCGACGCUGCGUUUUGGCGGUGUCUGCGAAGAGUAGCCGCAGACAGAAGAUUGGAUGCGAAGGACAGUGCUGGGAUACGGCGUGGGAGGGGCACAGGGUGGUACCAAUUCGCCCGGCCCUUCCCCUCCCCGGUAGUACGAAGCUACAGUU